CUUUCAUCUUUUAUUUUCUAAGCAGAUCAUUGACCCAAACAUUCACCAUGGCUUGCUCCCUCUAUGUCAUCGCUUUUGUCGGCCUUUUGGCGUUCACUGCUGCUGAAGAUUACAGCCAGUAUAACCCAGAGUGUGUAAAUGGCGAAAACACGUACAUGGUGCCCUUUCCAGAUUUGGACGACUGCGUACAGAAACGUUACAUCAUGUGCUUUAACGAGAGGGCGGUGGAUUUACACCAGUGCGCGGACGACUUGGUUUUCAAUAGCAAACUGCAAUAUUGCGACUGGGCCACUGAUGAUGAUAAGAAAAAAAUGGCCAGUUGUACUACUGUGAAAAAGACUGUAGAAGUGGAGUGUAAAGUUUCUGUCUUCUUUACAAAGGCCAAUACGACCACAUGCAGAUCCUACCAACAAUGUGAUAACGGAAGACUGCUGACUCAGUUCUGCCCAAGGGGUUUUUACUACAUCGAGGGGUACCCCCAGCUUUGCAUGUUCUCUGUGUCUCAGUCACUGGCCAAGUACAGGGACCAAUUCGAUCGUUGUGUAGCUAUGGACAGCUGG